GAGGUGGUGAUGUGCAACGAGAUCUUCGAGCCCCUGGUGGAGGGCCAGAAGCUGCCGGUGGACGAGGACGGCAAGAUCACCGGCAUGGCGCGGUGCGUCUACCCGACCGGCCAGGUCUACGAAGGGGACUUCGUGAGGAACAAGAUGGAGGGACGCGGGAGAGUCACCUUGCCGGACGGCGAGACCUACGAGGGAGAAUUUCAUCAAGGCCAGCGCCACGGGACCGGAAGAACCACCUGGCCGAACGGCGACACGCAUGAAGGAGAAUAUGCCCACGGCAAGAGGCACGGGCCCGGCAUCUAUCGGUGGGCCGAUGGCCGCGUUGGUGCUGUGGUGUUUGACCAGGACAAGUUCAAGGGCACGUGGGUGCGACGCACCGCGGCCGGAACCUUCCAGAAGUUCCUGGUUGGCAAGAUGGUCAAAGAGGUGUCCGAGACAGAGGCCAAGAAGAUCAUCCAAGAGCACCGGCUUGAUUCCCCGUGGUGAAGAUCUUUGCGAUUGCGAGCUGCAGGGAACCCUUCACCCAGCCUCUCUGAUUGUGCCACGGAUAAGAGCUGUCUCUUUUUUUCUUCCUAAGCUGACCCAGUUGCUGGGCGCCUCACAAGCCUUCCACUUUCAAGAAGUCUGAAGCGACGGAGGUGCCCAGCGGCCUAAAGAGACAAACAGUCACUCACUGUGAGAAGAAGAAAA